AUGUCCCUAACCUUUGAAAACGAAACGAAUUUGGAGACUCCUCCAACUUCUAAUGACUCCAAUUCUGCUAUUACGUUGAAUGCGGAAGGGGAAGCUGGUUCUCAGCAAGUCGCUGAAGAAACGGCUCAGCCUAAGCCUCUGCCUUCUCUAAAAGAUCUUCCUUCUUUGGGAUCGAACGCUGGUUUGGUCAAUACAAAGAUCAAUUGGGGCCCUAAUGUUAAGCCAGCCGCAGCUCCCUCUAUUUCUUCCUCUCCCUCUCCAUCACCCUCCUCGUUGACUUCGGGUUCUAGACCGAUGCGCUCCAAGACCAUCCAGGAGGCUUUCAGUUUAGAUUUGCAGUCGCAGCUGUCAAUUGGGAAGCCAGAGUUCUCUCGCAUUGUUCAGUCUGUGAAACAAAACCACAAUGUUUCUGUCGAGUCUACUUUGUCCAAGAGUUCUCGUACUUUUUUGAUCUCUGGUGUUCCUCAGAAUGUGUACGCGGCCAGAAGAGAACUAGUGAGAAAGUUGACGAAGCCUAUCACUGACGUUAUUCAGGUCCCAUCGAACUGCAAGGCUGCCAUUAUUGGCUCCGGUGGUAAGAACAUUCGCGAGAUCCAAGAUUCUUGUGACGUUAGGAUCAACGUCGCUAAGGAGAACAAUCCUGACUCUUAUGACGAAGAUUUGGAUGAUUACACUGCUGAUGUCUCGAUUCAUGGUGACAUCGAUUCCGUCAAGUUAGCAAAAUCCAAAAUCAUGAAAAUAGUCAAGGAGGAAGACAAACAUGCUACAAUUCAGUUCACCGUUGAUGACGAAAAACUGCUACCUUUCGUCGACCUAUCCGCGGUCGGAUUCAAGGAUGAUGUGAAGGUACAAUUCUUGAAAAACAGUGCUACAGUUGUUAUUCAGGGUCCAAGAGAAGAUGCCAAGGAAGCAAAACAAAACAUUAAGAACUAUCUACUUAGCCUCUCCAACGAUGUGGUUAGCGAACAAGUUACCAUUCCUACGAAAUUCCAAUUUUUGAUAGAUGAUAAAGAGAUUAAGGAAAAGUUUAACGUUAUCGUGCAAUACCCAACUCAAGCUGACGACGAAAAGGUCUCGUUUGUGGGGCCCCGUUCCAGGGUUCGCGAAGCAAUCGAAUUUGCCAGAACCUCUUCCAAGGCCUAUGCCGUCGAUACCUUGGACAUCUCUAAGUCUCAUGGUAAAAAUUUGGCUCACGCUAAGAAUCUGGCUUUGUUCUUUAAGAAGUAUGAUUAUUUGAAGAACCUGCAAGAAGCUCAUCCAACGAUCAAAAUCGUUCUUCCAUCUCCAGAGGUACUAGCCGUAUCAGACUGCGUCAACAUUCACAUUAGUGGUAAAGCGGAAGAAAAGGAGGAAAUUAAGGCUACUCGUAAAGAGCUAAUCUCUUUGGUUAACCAAAUUAGCCCGCUAGAUACGACUGUAAUUGAUGACGUUGAUUAUGAACUUUUCCACAAGGAAAUCAAGCAUACAUUGGUAGGUCAAGAAGAAUUGGCUGCUUUCGUUCAGUUCGGUGAUUUCUAUCCAGGAAAUGAUGCUAUUUUGUUGAUCGCUUUGAGUUCUAAUGAAGAUUUCAAGCCAUCAGCAGAGGAGAUUGCUGAGACUCUCAAGAAAGUAAGUGCAGCUUUGAAUGACAUCCGUAAGAAGCAGGAUGCUCUGGAGACCAGAACUUUUGAAUUGGCCGCAGACACUCAAGAUUUAUUGCUGAACGAGAACAGCGCAACUUUGAAAUUAAUUCUUGAGGAUAUCAGCCAAGAAGAGGGUCAUCUCCAAAUCAAAUUGCAUACACCGACAGAAAACGAACUCACAUUAAAGGGAAACGAAAGAGCGGUGAAUAUAGCAAACAAGGCUAUUGAGUCCGUCGUCAAGGCGCCUUCUCAAAAAUUCAAAGAUGUCAUUGAGAUUCCUGCCAAUGCUGUAUCUAGGUUGAUCGGGACCAAAGGUGCCAACACUCAGCAGUUGCGUCAGAAAUACGAUAUUCAAAUUGAUGUGCCAUCUGAAAGCGAGAGCGGAAAGCCUGUCUCCGUAACUUUGACUGGUUUACAAUACAAUGUGGAACAUGCCAAGGUAUUCAUCGCUGCUGAGGCCAAGAAAUGGGCAGACAUUAUUACAAAAGAGCUAAUUGCCGCUCCCAAAUAUCACCGCAACUUACUUGGUCCUCAGGGUGCUUACCGUAAUCGUCUACAAGAUAAGUACAACGUCCGAAUUCUUUUCCCAAGAAACGAAGAUAUUAUCACCAUCAGAGGUCCAUCCCGUGGCGUUGCAAAAGCAUACCAAGAGUUGGAAGCUUUGCUGGAUUUUGAAAUGGAAAAUGGUCAUAAAUCGAUCAUCAAAGUUCCAGCUGAGCAUGUUCCACGCAUUAUCGGUAAGAAUGGUGAUAUGAUCAACGACAUCAGGGCUGAAUUCGCUGUCGAAAUGGAUUUCCUACAAAAGACUACUGACAGUCAAGUGCAGGAAUCGGGCGAGGUUGAACUUGAGAUUACUGGUUCCCGCCAAGCCAUUCAGGACGCGACCAAGAAAGUUAAGGAUAUUGUUGCCGAAGCCUCUGAUUUCGUCAAAGAAACGCUGGAUAUUGACCGCAAAUACCACAAGACUAUUGUGGGCGCUGGUGGGCGUACACUUAGGGAAAUUAUUUCCAAGGCUGGCGGUGACGAAUACAGGAACAAAACCGUUGAUGUCCCUAAUGCAAACUCCGAUUCUCAAUUGAUUAAGGUUGAGGGUCCCAAGAAAUUUGUCGAUAUCGUCGUUAAGGAAAUCAAGAAGCUUGUCGAAGAAGGCGAAAACAGCAUCAAAGCCGAAUUAGACAUUCCUGCAGAAAGACAGGGUGCCUUGAUUGGGCCUGGAGGUGUCGUUCGCCGCCAACUGGAGUCUGAGUUCAAUGUCAUCUUGAAUGUUCCAAAUAAAGGCGAAUCUGGCAAGGUGACUUUGCAAGGAUUACCAGAUAAUGUCGAGAAAGCUAAAUCCAAAAUACUUUCUGAGAUCAUCCGAGACAACUUUGACCAUGAGCUCUCCGUUCCUGCAAACUUGCAUGAAUUCGUUUCCGAGCGCGGUGCUUUCAUCCAAAACUUAAGAACUGAACUCUCAAUCAACGUGAGACAUGGUAACGGCGCAAAGAAGGCUAACAAGAUUUCACGUAAAGCCUUGAACAUUCCUACCGAAAGAGUUCGUGGUUCUGAUGAGGAGAAAAUCAAAUUUACCAUUGAAGACGUUACGUUAGACGAUUCCAACGAGGUGGGCGAAAUUUCUUGGAGACUGAGCUACGAACCAGUCGAUUUGACUGCCAUCUUAGGGGAAGGAGAAGAGCAAAAGGAAGACGGAAAAGAUGAGGCUAACAAAAAGCAAUCCGCAAUCAACAAAGCUGUCCAACUGAUUGAAGAAAGAAUCGCUCUUGCUCCUCAGGCCACCUCUGCUGGCUACAUCUGGAGUUCUGAUACCAAGAAAUUCAACAAAAUCGUUGGCCCAGGUGGUUCGAACAUUAAGAAGAUUAGAGAAGCUUCAGGCACUAUUAUCAAUGUACCAAAGAGAUCCGACAAGGUGAACGACGUUGUUUACAUUAGAGGUACCUCUGAGGGUGUUAAGAAAGCGGGAGAGUUGAUCUUGAAAGCUCUCAAGAACUAA